AAAAACAAAGAAGAAACCAACAAAAGGCAAGUCCAAAUUCUUCGUUGCCCUCUUUAAACUUCUAUCCUCUCCUUUCAUUGUAUUCUCACCGAAAUUUCACUCUUUUUCAUCACCUCUCAAAUCCCACAAAGUUGUUCUAAUCAAAUCUUCCUUCUUUGCAGCUUUGAUCUGCCCAAUUAGUUGACGUUUUUGAGAUGGAGGAGGGCAAGAUGUCUGAGAAUCAUUUGACUUCAGCGGCAGCAUUUGUGGAGGGCGGUAUUCAGGAUGCUUGUGAAGAUACUUGCAGCAUAUGCCUUGAAGAAUUUUGUGAAAGUGAUCCCUCAACGGUGACUGGUUGCAAGCAUGAGUUUCAUCUUCAAUGUAUUCUUGAAUGGUGUCAGAGAAGUUCUCAAUGCCCCAUGUGUUGGCAGGCCCUCUCCUUAAAAGAUCCCAACAGCCAAGAAUUGCUGGAUGCAGUUGAGCACGAGAGAAAUAUCAGGAUGAAUCCUCCUCGAAAUACCACUAUCUUUCACCAUCCAACUUUGGGAGAUUUUGAAUUACAGCAUUUACCAGUGAGUGCAACUGAUUCAGAACUAGAAGAACGUAUUAUUCAGCACCUAGCUGCCGCUGCUGCUAUGGGAAGGGCCCGCCACCUUGCCAGGAGGGACGGUCAGAGGGGGAGGUCUUCAGCUCAAGGUCGUCCACAGUUUCUGGUAUUCUCCACUCACCCAAAUUCAACGCCUGCUGGCCCCGCUUCCUCUCCAGCUCUGAUGACUGGUGGUGAAUCCGCUUCUCCCGCAUCGGUUUCUGCUUCGAGUUCUCCAAUUGUUUCAGUUGGAGAAGGUUCUACACAGCUAUUUACUACGCCUCCUGUUCAAGCUGAUCAGGUUUCUGCAUCUGGAUCAGGAUCAAGUGCUGUUAUUAAUCAUCUUGGAACUUCUUCAAACAAUAGGUCUCCUUCACAGUCUUCUCCUGAUAAUCAAGAGAGAGCUGGACCGUCGGAUCUUCUGUCUCUUUCAGAAUCAAUUAAAUCUCGAUUUUCUGCAAUGUCGUUGAGGUAUAAAGAGUCUAUUACUAAGAGCACAAGAGGUUGGAAGGAGAGAUUUUUCUCCCGCAACAGUUCAACAUCAGACCACGGUGCUGAAGCUCGGCAUGAGGUUAGUACUGGGACUGCUGUCAUACCACAUGUGGUGGAACAUUCGGAAACUACUGAGGGUAGCAGAAAUAGUUCUACCGAGUCAAACAGAUCUGAAGGCAGUUUACCAGCUCGGCAUGCUGACCAGCAGAUAUCAGAGAUGGGUCGUGAUUGUUCUUUGACCGAGGGUAAUGGGCAAUCCAUAUGUGCUGCUAGUUCUGGUUCAAACUAAGUUUGGAUGAAGCAUUCUUAACAAGCCAUGGUAAAGGUAAGUUUUGUCUUAGUUCCUUAUGUCUUAGCUAUCCCAUAUUUCUGUGUAGAAAUUUUCG